AUGAGCACCGCAUUCCCGUUUCAGGGCGUCACCCUGCCCGUCCAGGGUUCCAAGGGCGCGGUAGCCAGUGAGAGCGCGAUAUGCUCCCAGAUAGGGAUUGAUCUGAUUGCGCGCGGAGGCAAUGCAGCUGAUGCCAUGGUGGGCACGACGCUAUGCGUCGGUGUCAUCGGCAUGUAUCACAGCGGUAUUGGCGGUGGUGGGUUCAUCUUGAUACGUGAUGCAGAUGGCAAUUAUGAGUCCAUCGACUAUCGAGAAACUGCGCCAGCGGCUGCUUAUGAGGAGAUGUACCAGGGUAACAUACUGGGAAGUCUUCUGGGCGGUUUAGCUGCAGGUGUGCCCGGAGAAUUGCGUGGGUUGGAGUACUUGCACAACAAGUAUGGUGCUUUACCGUGGCGAGCAGUUGUCAACCCUGCAAUUCAUGUUGCUAGGGACGGCUUUGAAGUUUCCGAGGAUCUUGUUCGAUACAUGGAUGCCGGGGCUUCGAACCCUCCUGGCAACUUUCUCGUGGAAGAUCCUGUCUGGGCUGAGGACUUUGCGCCUAAUGCCGAAUCAAUUGUCAAAGCCAUUCAGGAUACCAAUGGUACAAUGACGUUGUAUGAUUUGAAGAAUUACAAAGCUCUCAUUAAGCGCCCCAUCAGCAUUGACUUCAGGGGCAAGAAGUUGUACACGACGAGCGCUCCGAGUAGCGGUUCCGUUAUGCUCAGCAUUUUGAAAACGAUGGAGCAGUAUGACCCGGAUGAUAUCCAGGAUGUUAACCUCACCACGCACCGGUUCGGCGAAGCUAUGCGCUUCGCAUACGGCGCGCGGUUGGAGCUCGGCGAUCCGGACUUCGUGAGCAACAUCGAGUUAUACGAGGACGUCAUGCUCAGCAAACGCAAAGCGAAGGAGAUUCGCAAUCGUAUCAUCGAUAACAGCACUCAGCCAAUCGAGGAGUAUAACCCGAAGGCUAUCCACGCAGUGGAAGAUCAUGGCACGUCGCACAUUGUGGCAGCUGACGCAGCAGGCAUGGUAGUCACUUCCACUACGACAAUCAAUACUCUCUUCGGGUCGCAGGUCAUGACCCCUGACACGGGCAUCAUCCUCAACAACGAGAUGAACGACUUCUCUAUUCCCGGUGUCCGGAAUGAGUUCGGCUUUGUGCCUACAGCGGCCAACUAUAUUCGGCCUAACAAGCGACCGCUAUCCUCCAUCACGCCCAUCAUAGCCGAGCACGCCAAUGGUACGGUGUUCUUCACCACUGGCGCCGCCGGCGGGAGCCGUAUUAUUAGCGCGACUACCCAGGUGGCGUGGCAUGUGCUGGAGCACGGCAUGACCAUGGCGGAGGCGAUUGCCGCACCGCGGCUGCACGAUCAGCUCAUGCCCAAUCAGGUUACGUUUGAGUACACAUACGACAAUGGGACCGUAGAGAGCAUGGUAGAGAAAGGCCACAAUGUGACGUGGGUUAGGCUCGGCGUCAGCGCUGUCCAAGGGAUUCGAAUGCUAUGGAACGGUUCUUUCGAAGCUGCCAGUGAGAUGCGACAGAAGAACAGCGGCGGUCGUUCAAUUUGA